AAAGUUUUUGAAGUAAACCAGCACCAACAACCUUGUAUAAGUAAAUAAGGAAUAUCUAAGAUGUCAGAUUCAAGCAGAGAGAUGAAGGACGCGAAGUCUCUUCAAAUGCCUCAAGACACACCUUCUGCUGGCUUCAAUUUAAGCAAAAGUACUUUGGAAAAGGCCAGAGAAGAUUUGGCUGCUAAGAAAGAAGAUUCUGUCCAAAACCAGGUUCAAGGUUUAAUCUCCAAUAAUCCGGCCAUGCUCUCCAUGAUUCAGGGACGUUUGAGCACCUUGGUAGGCAAAUCAUCUGGAUACGUUGAAAGUCUACCGGCGAAUGUUCAUGCUCGAAUUUAUGCAUUAAAGGGAUUACAGAAUGAUAGCGAAAGCAUUCAAGUAGAGUAUCGUGAAAAAAUGCUGGAAUUGGAAAGGAAGUAUGAAAAAAUGUAUGACCCCUUAUUUUCGAGACGUGCUGAAAUCGUUCAAGGUAUCUCAGAACCCAAGCCCGAAGAGCUCGACGAAGAAUUUGAGGUUUUUGAAAACAAUGGUCAAGACCUAACAGGUAUCCCAGACUUUUGGCUCACUUGUUUGCAAAACGUUUAUCUCGUAGCCGAAAUGAUUAGUAGCCGUGAUGUAGCUGCUUUGGAAUCCCUUAAAGAUGUUCGCUUCUCGAAUUUAUCUGAAGGUCAAAAAGGUUAUCGAUUGGAGUUUGAAUUUGCACCCAAUGACUAUUUUUCCAACAAGGUGUUGACGAAGACUUACUAUUACAAGCAAGAAUUAAGUCCUACUGGUGAAUUUUUAUAUGAUCGUGCAGAAGGCGAUGAAAUCGAGUGGAAGAAACCUGAUUGCAAUUUAACUGUCGAGGUUGAAACAAAGAAACAACGCAACAAGCGAACCAAACAAACCCGGUUAGUCCGUAGCACAGUUCCUGCCGAUAGUUUCUUUAACUUUUUUGCCCCACCUCAGGUUAAUGAAGAGGAAUCUGACUCUGAAGAUGGAUUUGAGGACAAGACUGAAUUGAUGGAAUUAGAUUAUCAGCUAGGUGAAAUCUUUAAAGACCAAAUUAUUCCCCUUGCAGUUGAAUGCUUUUUAGGAAAUGUUGAGGACAAUGAAGAUGAAGAUGAAUUCAGUGACGAGGACGGUCAAGCAUUGGAUGAGUCCUCUGACGAAGACGCAGUUUUGAGCAGUGAACUCAGUGAUUAAAGUGAUUGAUGCGAUUCUAGUUUCGAAUUGUAUAUCAUUGGAUGCAAAAGAAGCUUUGAAAAGCUCGGCAAGUAACGAAGUUUUAGUAGUGUUUGAUUACUUCGUUGUUCCAUAUGGGUGGAUUUCGAGUCUAUGCGAUAUCUCUCGUUACUGAUUCAUUGAAAGAAGGAUUUCCUUAUAAUACCCAUGGAAGCUUUUCCGUAAAUCAUUUCAGCUUGGUACGUAUAUGGGUUGGAUAUAUGAAAACCGUCCUCGUUUGUAAUUCUCUUAAUAUUUUUUCGGUUUUGUGAUGCUAUCAAGUUCGAUAAAUGCUGGUUUAAACAUAUAAUGUAUCUAACGCAUUGGAAUUUUAUCUCUUUAUGUGUAUAUAAUAGUGAUGACAAUGCAAAUUUUUGUUUGGAUGGAGUUGGCGAUUUGUUUUCGUUGUCUGGUUGAAACUAUGUGGAAUUGUCUAUAUUCGUCUCUAUUAUUUGGUCAUAUAUAACUAUUCUCGGUUCUACGCAAUCUGUUGCUGUUGAGUUAUCUUUCGAGAAAUUUUAGAAAGUUUCAUCUAAUAAACAUUAGCAUAUACGAAAGACAUGCGUCUUUUAGCAUCAGUUAAGAAAUAAAUGGAAAAAUCAAACAGAUAUAUGUAACAAAGUUAAAAAAAAGGAACAAUCUAGUUUGUAAGUUGAUCGUA